CACAGAAAGGGGUGAGGGGGUCACACCAUACCAUGAAUGCAGGCCACAGAAGAGGGUGAAGGUCACCACCAUGAACACAAGCCAUGGAAGCAGGGUGAGGGUCACCACCAUGAACACAAACCAUGGAAGCAGGGUGAGGGUCCCCACCAUGAACACAAACCAUGGAAGCAGGGUGAGGGUCACCACCAUGAACACAAGCCUUGCAAGCAGGGUGAGGGUCACCACCAUGAACACAAGCCUUGCAAGCAAGGUGAGGGUCACCACCAUGAACACAAGCCUUGGAAGCAGGGUGAGGGUCACCACCAUGAACACAAGCCUUGGAAGCAGGGUGAGGGUCACCACCAUGAACACAAGCCUUGGAAGGAUGGUGAAAGUCACCACAAUGAGCACACACCAUCGAAACAAGGUAAGGGUGACCACCAUAAACACAAGUCAUGGAAACAAGGUGAGGGUGACCACCAGGAACACAAGCCA